AUGGAUCAACAUACCAAAAUCCUCGUCACUGGAGGCACCGGGCUCGUGGGCAGUGCUCUUCAAUGGGUUGUAUCCAAUGUUUCUGGUGACUUUGGCAAGGCAAGUGGUGAGGAGUGGGUGUUUCUCAGCAGCGCUGAUGGUGAUCUAAGGAACUACAACGAGACAAAAUCUAUCUUUGAAAAACAUAGACCGGACAAGGUCAUUCAUACAGCAGCCCGCGUGGGUGGUGUUUUCGAAAACAGCCUGCGAAUGGCCGACUUUGUGCGCGACAACCUCGCCAUUGACCAGAAUGUGCUGCGUGUUUGCCACGAGCUAGGUGUUAAAAAAGUUGUUUCCUGUCUUUCAACCUGCAUCUUCCCUGACAAGACGACCUACCCUAUCAGUGAGGGAAUGCUGCAUGAUGGACCCCCGCAUCCAUCCAACUACGGGUAUGCCUACGCAAAACGCAUGCUCGACAUCUCCAGCCAAGCGUAUCGCCAACAAUACGGCUGCAAUUUCACAUGUGUCAUUCCUACCAACCUCUACGGACCGAAUGACAACUUUAGCGAAGGCUGUCAUUUCAUUCCGGGUGUCAUUAAACGAGUUUCGAAGGCCAAGGAAGAAAGAUCCUCCGCAAUGAUAGUUCCAGGAAGUGGACGUGCAUUGCGCCAAUUUGUCUACUCUCGAGACCUGGCCCGAGUGAUGAUCUGGACACUUCGGAAUUACAAUGAAACAGACCCGUUCAUCAUUUCUGUGGAUCCUGAACAGGAGGUGUCGAUCAAGGAUGCCGUGGUGAUGGUGUCGGAAAUCAGUGGACUUGAAGGGGCUAUUCAAUGGGAUACAACCCAGACCGAUGGUCAGCUGAAAAAGACCGCAGACAAUGCCAAAAUGCGGGCUCUUCUGGGAGAUUUCCAAUUCACGAGUCUGGAGCAAGGAUUGAAAGAGACAAUCGCCUGGUACAGUGCCAAUCAAGGAAAGGUCCGUGGCAUGGGCCCUUCAAAGCUAUAA